UCCUGUGAUGAUGUGCAUGCACAUGUGUCUGUACGUACGUCGGGUGCCGGUGCUAGGCGAUGCCAGGAUGUGCAUGCCCUUAUGCUCAGCACUGCAAAAUUUGCAAGCCAGGAAGGUGGACACACGAUAAAUAUACGGCGGCGGGGUCGCAAAACCCUACCAGAUUUACCCCGAUUUCGGACCGGACCGGCCAACGACCGCGGCACAGCAUCGCAAUGGACGACCUCCUCGGUGGAAACAGCCUCUAUGAUGGCGAAGAGAGCGAUUUCAAGUACAUUCUGGACUCCGAUGUGUUCCAUAAUGUGCCUCUGUCAGAGCAGCUGGAGGGCGUCCAGAGUGACACCUGGUUCAACACCCUGUUUGACGACCCCAUGUUGUGUGACAGGGACUUCGGAGCCCCUUCGCCGACCCCCCACAUUCAGGCCGAGCACAGCUACAGUCUCAGCUCCCUCAGCGAGCCCGACUCACCUGUCUCCAGUGGGUUAACCGAAGAUGAACUAGACACCUUUGAUCUGCCCCUGGUGGAUCCUGAGACCAACCUGCCCCUCAUCAUCAAAUCGGAACCCUUGGAUGACCCCACAGAGGCCCAUUUCGUCCUGAAGGAGGACCUGCCCAGGGUGAUCUUCCCAACGCCGAAGAUGGAAGGCAGCAACCCCCAUGGACCCAAGCCAGUGCAGAACAUCAAACCCAAACAGGGCACCAUCAAGAUCAAAGUGGAACCAAUGAUGCUGGAUAUGAGAACGGACAACGGGGGAAUUGUGUUUCAAAGAAAACUAGACAUUGUUUUGAAAGAUCUUUCACCAUUGGCAAUGGCCACAGGACUUGAUGGACUAUGCCUCCCACCCACCCCACCCAGCAGCACGACCAGUGACAGCGAGGGUGGGAACAGCCCCUCCCGACAGACCUCAGAACCCGGAAGCCCACGCCCCCUGCCAACGAUAGUCAAGAAGCAAGACCUGCACUCGCGAAUGAUCAGCACCCAGCCACUGUUCACCAACACACAGAGAUUACCUCAGUCUGGCCCCCUCAUUCUAACUGAAGAGGAGAAGAGGACGCUGAUCCAGGAAGGCUAUCCAAUCCCAACCAAGCUCCCACUGACUAAGUCCGAGGAGAAGUCCCUGAAGAAAGUCAGGAGGAAGAUCAAAAAUAAAAUCUCGGCACAGGAGAGCAGACGAAAGAAGAAAGAGUACGUAGAAGCUUUGGAAAGAAAAAUGGAGACUUUUACACAAGAAAACUCGGACCUGAAGCGGAAGCUCCAGUCCAUGGAGUCCACCAACAGAACCCUAGCGGCGCAGCUACAGAAGCUUCAAAGCAUCGUCAACAAAGUGGCUAAACCACUCAAGGCUAACUCUACCCAGUCCAGUACCUGCUUAAUGGUGCUUGUCCUAUGCUUUGCAGUCUUCCUUGGUGGCUGGUCUCCACAGUCCCUCUUUGGCAACUCCAACCUUCCCAAGAUGCCCUCGACACCCGGCCCACAGUACGGACCCUUUCCGAGCAGUUACUACGCCAGCAUGCACUACCAUGACAACCUGAAGAAAGAGGCUAAGACAGCUGGUCAGUCUGGCAUCCCCUAUGGACCGGAGCAACACUAUGGCCCCUACUACGGCCCUUAUAUCUCUCCAAGUGUACGAUCCUCAAGAAUGCUCUUUUCCAACGAUGACAGCGAACUCGACCAGAAACCGCCCCCUAACUACCCCUACAUGGAACGGAUGAACCCCCUGGACCAUGGCCUGGCAACGUCAGCCAGCGACAGCGCUCUGCGCAACAGGAAACUAAUGGUGCCUCGUCAGCACCCGGAGACAAACACCAUGGCCACCACCGGAUCAUUCCUUGGCAGCCAAGGGUCAGGGGUCAAUCCUGCCGAGGCUGAAGGCUUAGUAGGUUUGCAGGCUGUGAUGCACCCGGACAUUGAGGCCCAAUUAGUUGCCAUGGAUUCGGUGACCAGACUGACAAACAACUCCAAGAACAAGUAACAAUUUCUCCCCAUGAUCAGUAAAAAUUGGAUUAAAACUGACCAGUUUUCAUCAGAUGGUGAAAUCUGUUGUGUUGAUGUACUUUUGCAGCUUUACAAAAAAAAAAUUGUCUUAACAAUUGGUGCCAAUAUGAGUAUUAAUAAGAGUAAGCACUCCAUGAUAAUGGUCUUACAUCCUGUUUAUCCUGCCUGUAAGUUAAGUGAAUGCUGCUUAUCAAAUUUUUAUAAAACCUUAUGUACAACCUAAAUUUUCCUCAGAAGAAUAUCACAAAAAGUAACUCUAAAAACUACUUCCAUCAUUAUUUAAGACUAAAAGGGCCAAACAAUGGUGCAGGGCAUAGUGUUAAAAAAUCAUGCUUUGGGAUACGUUUGUGAUAGAUCAAGGUUGAACAGUUCAAGCUAUUUGUGCCUUUAAAACAAAAACCUUGGAGCUUUAUUUUUUAUCAACCGAACACAUUGGUUGGUUCUAAUUCAUCCCUUUUGUGUUUAUUUAACAGUACUGUAAGUCGAAAGAAUUCCCUAAGAAUCCUUAAAGAUUCCAAGACAGUAAAUGUAAAGUCUGGGGAAUUAAGUGCCUUGUUUGCUUAAAAUCAACUAGCAUCUAAGUGUUAAGUUCGCUGUGGAUAAUUUAGUCUGGCUUUAAUGCCUCCUGCAUGUUACAGUUUAGGCUUCAGACCCUGCAACUUGGAUAUAUAUUAAUUACCUCACCUGGUUGUCUCACCGGUUCGUCAGGUUUUAAGACUGUGAAUUGAUGGGGCUGUGUAAGAUCUGUAGAGGAGAGCAAAGAUUAAGACUACUCUGAUUCACUGAUUGGAUGGGAUGUUUCUUUAAAGACUAGGACAAUAAUUUAUUCCUACAAAUUGUGUCAGUAUUAUUCCACUGCAUAGAAUGAACAGUGAAAACAACAUUGGAAGAUAUAUGUUCUCUAUGAUAAAUUCAAUUGUGAUCCAAUUUUGGUCCUAUUAAGUAAUAUUUUCUGUUGGCAGCAAACAGCUUCUUUUUUUUUUUUCAUUUUAUAUUUUAUCAAAAGGCAAGUAGCAGGCUUUCUCUGGUGGAGUUCUUAAUUUUGAAACAAUACAUUUUGAUUUGAAGUGGCAAAAAGGAAAAGGCUUUGGACGAGUUGUGGGCUUCCAGCUUUAAAUUAGAAUGCACAUGUAUUUAGUGUUUACCAUUCAAGUAUUGGGUUGUGACUUAGGCCGUGUCCGAAACGGGCUUCCAGAGCUACGGCUAGGUCUAUUGUCUACGCGUCUCCGCACAUUUCUAAUGGAGUGAAGACCUAGACCUAGUUCUAGACAAGAGAUUUGGAUGCAGCCCCAGAGAGAAAUAAGCCAGUCUGAUGUAAUCUGAUGAAAUUAACUACUGCUUUAACUUUGAUAGAGAUGCCAGCUUGUGUCAUUUCUGAAAAAUAGUUUUUGUUAUCUUAAAAGGGAAUUCAAAGGAUGAAAUGGGAGACUAUCCCUCCAAAUGUAAAUAAUGCGGUAUAAUUCAGAGGCAUGUUAGCAUUUUAAACUAGAACCUCUGUUGUGCUAGGCAUCUUUGUAUGUCACUUUAAUCUCACUUUUUAUCGGUGAAAGCAACCUGCUUAGUCCAAUCAUUUUGUAUUUUCCUUGUUUCUUUUUUGUGCAUGCUUCUUAUGAAGUGUCAGGAUUUAAUUUGAUUUUGAAAUGUUUUUUAAAAAUUCUUUUUCCUUGUAGCUAUUUUCAGUCUUGUUCCUGAAGACAGUGAGCAUUCUUCUCUCUCUUUUGUAAAUAGACUAUCCACAAAUUAUUUAAGGAGACCAGACCGGCAGAUACAAAGACAACUCAGAGUCAACUGUACGGUCGAUUUAUUGUCCAAAGGCAAAAGAGUGAAAAACUCACUUUCCGAAAGAGAGAGUCCCCUAUAAAACUACUCCAAAAGAGUGAAAACCACUCACAGAGUGAAAAUCAGUCCAGAAGAGGAACUUAAGCCGAGUCGUCCCUUGUCUCUUAGCCUUCGCAAAAGAGUGGAAAUUUCUCCUUUUUGGAGUAGGCCUAGUAAUCACUCUUUUUGAGAGUGAGUUCCUCACUCUUGUGCAAGUAUAAAGACUACUUUUAUCCAUCCUCACAGCCAUUGAAUAACACACAUCAGAAUAAUGCUUAAAGAAA